CAUGAAUUAAUAUAUAUGGGUAUUCCUGCUGCAGCCUUUUAUGCUUCGUCUGAACAACCUCCUGAAUUACAAGAAAGAAUUUUUGGAGAAUUAGCUUCAGGAUUAACAAAAGUAUUAUUAAUUACACCUGAAAAAUAUAUAUUGAAUAUGAAAUUUAGAAGCAUGUUAAAAAAAAUCAAUUCUUUGAGAGGAUUACAAUUCGUCAUUGACGAAGCACACUUAAAAAGUGAAUUUCUAUCUGUUCUGAUACUUUUUUUAACUGCAACAUGCACCUUGGAUACUGCAGAAAAAUUACGUGCAAUUAUAACACCUUCUAAAUUACAAAUUAUCCGAAGUAACAAAAUUUAUAGGCCUGAUCUUAAACUUGAAAUAAUUUCAAAACCACGCGGAAAAGAAAAACUAAUACAAGCUAUCAUUUCAGUUAUUAACUCUAUAACAAAUGGUCGAAUAAUUAUUUAUUCAGCAUCUAUUUCUGAUUGUAUUACAGUUGGUCAAUCGCUUAUUAAACAUUAUGGGUCUCAGAAUAUAGGAAUAUAUCAUGGUAGUAUGAAAAGUGCAGAUCGUGAUAUAACUUUAAAAUUAUGGAAAGAUGGCGAAAUUAGAUUUAUGUCUGCAACAAAUGCUUUUGGAAUGGGAAUUAAUAUAUCAGAU